CUGCAGUUCGGUAGCGGCUCUGACGGAGUGCAUGCGGGACGCCUCCCUGGCGCAGUUCUUCCGGUCCCGCCAGGUGGCGCUGCAGCGCUCGCUGCCUCUGGGCUCCGAACUGCUCAAACCGGUCCAGAGGAUCCUCAAGUACCACCUGCUGCUCCAGGAGAUCGCGAAGCACUUCGACCCGCAGGAGGAGGGCUUCGAGGUUCUGGAGGAGGCGAUCUACAGCAUGACGGGCGUGGCCUGGUACAUCAACGACAUGAAGCGGCGCCACGAGCACGCCGUGCGGGUCCAGGAGGUCCAGUCCCUGCUGUGGAACUGGACCGGUCCAGACCUGACCACCUACGGAGAACUGGUUCUGGAAGGAACCUUCAAGGUUCCCCGAGGGAGGAAGGACCGGACCCUGUUCCUGUUCCAGAGAACCCUGCUGGUCUGCAAGAGGAGGGGAGAGCACUACACACACAAGAAGUCCAUCUCCUGCUCGGCUCUCAUGUUCUCUGAAAGCUCCAGAGAUUCUCUGAGUUUCAGCGUCGCUCAUUAUAAACAACCGAAACAGGCUCAGAGCCUGCAGGCCAGGAACCUGGAGGAGAAGAAGCUCUGGGCUCAUCACAUCAAACGGAUCAUCCUGGAAAACCACUACGCCAUCAUCCCUCAGAGGGCGAAAGAGGCGAUCCUGGAUCUGGAUUCUGUCCAACCUCCUCAGUAUCGCUACAGUCCUGAUCGUCUGAAGAAAAGUUUGUCCGGUCACUCCGAAGACUCAGCCGUACAGCUCUCAGACAGCGACGCCGGGUUAGAGCCCAGCCGCCGCCAGGAGGAGCAGCAGCAGGAGGAGCAGCAGCAGGUAGAGGACUUCGCUGGAUCGGUUCUGGCUGCUCUCUCUUUCUGGUCCGACGUGGAUCUGCGGGGCUUCCUGUCCUCGGGGGACUCGCAGGCAGAAGUGGGCGGAGCCUCGUUGAACGGCCCCGGCGGUUCCGGUGGACCUGAGCCGACAGAACCGUCUGAAGAUGAGAAGCAGUCCAAACCGGCCCGGAGUCCCGGACCGGACCCGGACCCAGACCCGGUCUCCGAUCCGGAUCGGCCCGGCGGCUUUGAGGCGUCGCGGCCCGACGGAGACACCGAGCCUCCGGAGGACUCGUCCCCGGCCAUCCCCGAUUCAGACCCUAAGACGCCGAGCAGCGGCGAGUCCUCCGAAGACGAGGAGGACGGACAGAGACAGGCGGCAGGGGGCGGGGCUGGGGGCGGGGCCAGCAUCCUCCCGUCCUCCGUUCUGGACCAAGCCGGACUGAUCGCGCAGCACUUCAGCGGCAGCGUCCGGCGGGGCAGCGCGGCGCCGGAGGACCCCGCCUCGCCCCGGGGACCCGGCGGGACCGGCAGCAGGGGGCCGGGCCCCGCCUCGCCCCGGGGACCCAGCAGGACCGGCAGCAGGGGGCCGGGCCCCGCCUCGCCCUGGGGACCCAGCAGGACCCCAGCCGUUGAUGAGCUUGACGCCGCAGAGACCGUGGAACCAUCCGGUCUGUCCUCACCGUCCUCGCCGUCCCCCGGGGAGAACGGGGUCUCUGACUGGCGCAGGAGGGACUCCACCCUGUCCAAGCAGGACCAGCUCCUCAUCGGGAAGAUCAAGUCGUACUACGAGACCGCCGAGACCCGGGACCCGGCGCUCGGCCUCCAGCGGAGGGAGAGCCUCACCUACAUCCCGGCCGGCCUGGUCCGGACCUCCGUCAGCCGCUUCAACAGCGUCCCCAAGGACGAGUCCUGGACCUGCGGACCGGAUCCCGGGUCAGAACCUCUGAAGGCCACGGGGUCUGCUCAGCCCGACCCUGCAGACCCGGCGGACUCGGCGAGUCCCGGUUCUCCAAGUUUCAGGCCUUCGUCGGAAAUGAUCAAGGUCUGGCAGGCCAUGGAGCGGGAGUUCAGCAGGGAGACCAGGACCGGAGACCAGGACCCGCACAGAACCUCCAGGACCACCAGACUGGGAGACCAGACCCCGAGUGGCCAGCCAGAGGGCGGGGCUUCUGACCCAGAGGGCGGGGCUUCUGACCCAGAGGGCGGGGCGUCCUGCGCAGGGGGCGGUGCUUCUGACCCAGAGGGCGGGGCGUCCUGCGCAGGGGGCGGGGCUUCUGACCCAGAGGGCGGGACGUCUGGCACAGGGGGCGGGGCUUCUGACCCAGAGGGCGGGGCUUCUGACCCCAACACAGUCAGGUCAUCGGGCCCCAAACUGAAAGCCCAGGCUGUGGACCGACCUGCGACCCGGGUCGUCCAGCUGGGGGCGCCGGACGUGGACGCCGGUCUGGAUCCGGACCUGGACCAGAACCAGAACCAGCCGGAGGACGAGGACAGAAUGAAAAGCAAGGUCCUCCACCUGGCCCGCCAGUACAGCCAGAGGAUCAAGGGGGGCGGGCCGGUGGUCCACCAGAGGGUUCCGGGUCUGCCGGCCCGGAAGACCCUGGCCUGUGUCCUGGAGGAGGACGGUCCAGGUUCGGCGAGCCAGACUCUGCCGCGGAGUCCUCGAACCCAGACCAGCAGCCCGGCCCCCCCGGCGCCGGGCGUCCCCUGCCGGUCCCGGGGCCUGUCCCCGGGCCGGCCCCAGACCCUGCAGAGCGCCCUGCAGCCGGAGGUCUUCCGGUGGCCCGACGUCCGCGAGCUGCGGACCCGGUACGGAGCCCGCCCGGGUCCGGCGGGCCCGGACCGGCCCGGCCCGGACCACAGCAGGGCCGGGGGUCCGAGGAGGCGGUCCACCCCGGACCGGAUGUGGGCCGGGGGUCCCGGGAGGCGCUCCAGCUGCUCUGCCGGCGCCCGGCAGGACCAGGCGGUCUCUCAGGACCUCCUGCUGGGCGAGCCCCGGGACCUCCAGGACCGGGUCUUCGGCCCGAACCACCCGGACCAUUACGUGGCGGCCGAGGCGCCGCUGCCCGGGGACCCGGACCACAGAGUCAUCGUCCUGGAGAGGGCAGAGGCAGACCAGGACCAGGACUACGUCCAGAUCCGCUCGCCCACCAGCAGGGAGAAGAUCUGCAUCCUGGCCGUGGCGGACCGCUGCCGGGCCUACCAGGACUCCCCCCAGUACCGGGCCAGAACCGGGUCCGUGCCGGAGGCUGCUGAGGGGGGCGAGACCCAGAGGGUCAGGGGGACAGGCAGGGACCAGCAGAGACCAGCAGAGACUGACGCAGGUCCGCAGAGACCAGCAGAGACCAGUGGAGCUCAGCAGAACCUGGUCAAGAACCUCCGAGAAAGAUUCCAGAGUCUCAAUUGACAGGAGAUCAGUAGAGACCAGCAGAGACCGGGAGAGACCAGGAGAGACCAAAAGGGACUGACAGAGACCAAAAGAGACCAGCAGAG